CUGCGGGUAGCAGCUAACGGCUACAAGCGCCCGAGCAAACAGUAACCCGGCGUGUCUGAGCCCGGCGGUUAGGUUAGAAAAAUUGUACUGUGGACAUGGUCUGAUAAACCGGCGGCAACGUCGUUUUGGUGAAAACGCGACGGAACUUUAUAUGGAUACUUGUUGGAGACUCGUUGGAUUAACAUUAAAAUUUAACAUUCUACAGAAUUAACGUCAAUUAAUACGAUACGAUUAAAUUAUACCUUGCUCUCCCAAUGUGUACGUCAAUAGUGUCUGUGAAAUAUCGUAUGAAAAAGAAAUAAUAAGAUCGGUACAGAUGGCGCAACAGACAUAAAGAUUGGGAAUCGUUUAUGGGAUCAUCCAGUGAAAUCAUUACCUUGCUGGUAGUCAUCGUAAAAUGGCGGAACUUCCCUGGAGCAUUAAGUUCGUCGACUCGUUAAGAAGCUGCGCGGUCACUCCGUGUUUUGCAAGACUACGAAAAGUAUGCUGAUUGGUCCCGUAACUAUCCUCGCGGCUGUUUCGUCAAUUCUCAAUUCGUUUUCAGCCAUGACGGGAUUUCAUUGAGUGGACGGUAUUAAAUAUUAUCGACCCAGCAACGUCCGUGGUAAAGUCUGUUACUAAUUCUGCUAAAGCAAUUCUACUCGCUUGCAAAUACAUGGAAAACGUAUCGCGUGGAUUCUUCAACGGUUCGUGGAAAUUUCCAGUUUCGCCAGUCGUGCGAGACCGUAACGAAUUUUUAUACAGAUACCGACGGAGCACGAUUUGAAAUCCAACAUGGAAUUGUCCACGGAAUUGUAUGGCUCCUGGUGGUCCUCGAAGGAAGAUGAGUUCAUCGUGCUGAGCAGGAGUGACCUAGAUAAAUAAUGGCUGGCUGUCAGAGGGAAACAGAGUUCAAUCGAUCUGCCAUACGAAGCAGAACUGUUAAGAAAUGCGAUACGUGGGUAGAUGACAAGAUCCGAUGCGAUCGGAUAACGUUCGAUUGACGGGAAGGCAAAAGAUGACUGUUGCACAAGAAAAAAAAAAACUGGCUACAAGUUUCGGUGCAGGAGCGUGGAAAUUGUUAUGUUAACCCAUAAAGGAUGGAUGCAGCCCAGGGCAAGGGAAUAGAAAAUAGCAGGAAGUUAGCCGAUGCCAGCCAAAACAAAGGAAACCACCAAAUGAGAAAGAUAUGCAUCUGUAAGCGUGGGAUCUGCGUACCAAGACUGAGUAAGGGAGCUAAGACACAAGAAGCAUACCCCGCCACAAUAAACAUACACGGUGACCCAUGCUUCCGCCUGACAAUCGCCACCAAGAUGCCGAAGUUGCACGUGGCCGUACAGACUCGUACACACGUGACGCAGACUGGCAGCAUCUUUGCAUGCGGAUACCGGAACGAGUUUGAAUGGAGUCAGCUGGUAAUGGCGGCGAAUAAGAAAAGGAAUAAAAAGAUCCUGUACGACGUUGCCAGCGAGGAAGCCGCUUCCGUACAGACGCUUGGGCAACCGACAAACGGACCGGAAUCACGCUUCGAUGGACCACUAGUAUAUCUCACGCUAUUGUCUAUAAUAAUGUUGCAAGGGGUUGUCUUCGGAACACUAUACCUCUUGUACCGAGCAGUACUAUACACCGUGGAGUUUAUGCCAAGAAACGUACUGCAGGUGUAUCGUGAAAGAAUUAAGAAAAUCGUGAAUGGCGAAGAAUGA